AUGGAGCUUGAAGGGUGUGUAGAUUGGAGAGGGAAUGCUGCGGAUCGAAGGAAGCAUGGAGGCAUCAAGGCUACAAUCUUCCUCUACGUUUUGGUCGUGCUGCGAAGUUGCCCCAGCAGCACAAACUUCAGUCUUGUGGCCUAUUUCCACAGGACACUACAUCUGGAUAUUGUGACCUCCUCAGCUGUGAUCACCUAUCUGGUCGGUGCAGUGUCCUUCUUUGCUGCCCUGAUGAACUUUAUCUCUGGCAUAUAUAUCCGGCGAACCACCGCUAUAUUUGUAUUCAGUCCCCUUGCAGUCCUGGGCUAUAUGUUGCUAGCAUUGCAGGCAUACUUGCCUUCACAACAUCCUCUGGAUUGUGAGAUAAACAAAGAACCAAACAACUGUGAGUCAGCUAAAGGUUGGAGCUUAACACUGCUCUACUUGAGCUUAUUAAUGUUUGCCAUCGGAGAAGGCUGCAUGCGCGCUUGCAUACCAUUGCUUGGUGGAGAUCAGUUCAGCAAUGAUGAUCCAAAAGAAACACAUCUCAAGAGUACGUUCUUGAGCUGGAUCAAGUUUGCAAACUCUGUUGGAGCACUCAUGGGAUUGGUAUUCUUAGUCUGGAUCGAGAACAAUUUGGGCUGGGCCCUUGGCUUUAUGAUAUCUGCACUUAUUGUACUUGUAGGGCUGUUUGUGGCAGCCAGUGGACUGCCUUUCUAUAGAACACAGAAGCCUAAUGGAAGUCCUCUAAAGGGAAUAUUGCAGGUUCUUGUCACUUCAUCAAAGAAGAGGCAGGUUGCUACCAUAGAUGUUAUCGAGCUGCAGGAGAUAGGAGCAGCGGAUAGUGUUGAUGGGGAAGGCAGAUCUGACAGCAAGAGCACUGGCACCACUCAGAUCGAAGAGUUAACAAAGGCCAUCACCCGAAUGCUUCCAAUCUUCAUCAGCUGCUUGCUCAUCUACCUGCCCUUCACACUGCUAAUGACACUAACGAUACAAGUCGGAAGCACCAUGGACAAAGGGAUAGGCGCGAUCCAGAUAUCCUCCGCCUCUCUCAUUGCAAUCCCAACAGCAUUUCACAUGCUUAUGCAACCAUGCUACAGGCGGAUAUUGAUGCCACUGCUACAAAGAUUUACAGGCCACACACACGGAAUCACCCCACUGCAGAGUAUCGGUGCUGGCUCGGUGUGCGGGGUAGCAGCAGCAUGCCUUGCGGCGUUAGUGGAAACAAGAAGGCUGACAGUCGCAGAACAGCAUGGGCUAACAUCGACAGGAGCAGGUGUCCCGAUGUCCGUGUUCUGGUUGGUGCUGCAAUUCUUCCUGCUAAGCAUCAUGGAUGCAACAUCCUUCAGCGGACUGAUUGAGUUCAUAAAGAGCGAGUCAUCUCCGGAAAUGAAGCUGAUAGCACCGGCAGCGCAGUCCAUUAUUGCAGGAAUAGCAGCCUGGUUAGCAUGUGCCUUCAUACAGCUGGCGAACAACGCGUCACGGCGCGGCGAUGGUGGAAGAGGGUGGCUAGAUGGAGCAGACUUCAACAGGACACGCCUUGAUCGUUUCUUCUUUUUACUGGCAGCCUUCGAGCUGGUGGCACUCAUCAACUAUGCUUUCUGGGCUAGGAGAUAUGCCAAGAAGCAACGGAGCAGCGGUGUUGGAUUAGUCGGUCAUAGCUCUGAAAACUAA